AUGGCCUGAGCGAUUUCAAGCUGUGGGUUCUCAUUCUCAUGUGGUUUAUCCCAGUGGGACCGGCCUCUUCUCUCUUACAACCAUGUGAUCUGAGAACUUAUCACAGUGUGUGGUACUCAUGCACUACAAGCUUUAGAGGAACGAGGAGGUGAGCUUUCUGAGGGAAGAAGGUCUCUUUUUGAUAUGGCUUCAGAAAUUACUUAUGCGGAAGUGAAGAUCAAGAAUGCAUCCAACUCCUCUGGCACCCACUCAGAUUCUUCUGCAGCUCCCAAAGGGAAACCUGCCCAUCAUCAAAUUUACUUUCAAAAGUACUCUCAACUUCUUGAAGACAAAAAAGCUACAAAAUAUGAAAUAAUUCCCAAUGAAUUGAGCUGCAUGAAAAACAGUUCACUUAUGGAUGGCAAAGCCUGGAGCUGUUGCCCAAAGGAUUGGAGGCCAUUUGGUUCCAACUGCUACUUUGUUUCAACCAGCCCUGCUGCAUCUUGGAACAAGAGUGAGGAGAACUGCUCCAGCGUGGGCGCUCAUCUGCUGGUGAUCCACAGCCAGGAAGAACAG